AUGGCCGCCGACCCGCCUUACCUCUGCUUUCGGGCCUUUGUCGAUGCCCUCAAGGCCGACAAUGACCUUGUCGAGAUUGACACCCCGGUCGACCCCCAUCUCGAGGCCGCCGCCAUCACUCGUCGUGUCUGCGACACUAAUGACAAGGCACCGUUAUUCAACAAUGUCAUUGGCUCGCAAAACGGUCUGUUCCGUAUCCUCGGUGCUCCUGGCUCGCUGAGAAAGUCUCCCAAGGAGCGUUACGGCAGGCUGGCACGCCACCUGGGCCUUGCUCCAACGGCAUCGAUGCGGGACAUCCUCGAUAAGAUGCUGUCCGCGAGCGAUAUACCCCCGAUCCCCCCGCAGGUUAUACCCACCGGGCCCUGCAAGGAAAAUUUCCUGGAUGAGAGCCAGAUCGACCUGACCAAGCUUCCUGCACCUCUGAUCCACCAGGCCGAUGGCGGCAAGUACAUCCAGACCUACGGCAUGCACAUCGUGCAGUCUCCGGACGGGUCGUGGACCAACUGGUCCAUUGCCCGUGCCAUGGUCUCGGACGAAAAGCAUCUUACCGGGCUCGUCUCUGAGCCGCAGCAUAUCUGGCAAAUUCACCAGAUGUGGAAGAAACAAGGCCGCGAUGUGCCAUGGGCUCUUGCCUUUGGUGUUCCUCCAGCAGCCAUCAUGGCCUCGAGCAUGCCAAUUCCAGACGGCGUCACCGAGGCCGACUACGUGGGCGCCAUGACCGGCUCGGCUUUGCAGCUUGUCAAGUGUGAUACCAACAACCUGCUUGUUCCGGCAACUUCCGAGAUUGUCUUUGAAGGCACCUUGUCCAUUACCGAACAGGGUGUCGAGGGACCAUUUGGUGAGAUGCACGGCUAUGUCUUCCCUCACGAUGCCCACGUUGGGCCCAAGUACCAUGUCAAGCGCAUUACGUAUCGCAACAAUCCCAUUCUGCCCAUGUCAAACUGCGGACGACUGACUGAUGAGACUCAUACCCUCAUCGGCUCUCUCGCCGCGGCCGAGAUCCGCAAAAUCUGCCAGCAAAAGGGCCUUCCCGUCACCGACGCGUUCGCACCGUUCGAGUCGCAGGUGACCUGGGUCGCCCUGCGCAUCGACACGGCUCGACUGCGUGAGAUGAAAACCACGCCAGCCGAGUUUAGAAAGAAGGUCGGUGACGUCGUCUUCAGCCACAAGGCUGGCGUCACCAUCCACCGCCUCGUUCUGGUGGGCGAUGACAUUGACGUAUAUCAAGGCAAGGACGUCAUGUGGGCCUUUUCCACCCGCUGCCGCCCAAACAUGGACGAGACUUUCUUCGAGGACGUCGCCGGAUUCGCACUUAUCCCGUACAUGUCUCAUGGCAAUGGUCCGCCGGCUCGGGGAGGCAAGGCCGUCUCCGAUGCCCUCCUUCCAUGCGAGUAUACCACGGGUCGAGAUUGGCAAGCGGCUGACUUUGAGAACUCGUAUCCGGAGCCGCUCAAGCAGAAGAUCUUGGCCAGCUGGACCGAGUUGGGAUUCCAGGACGACUAA